AUGACCGUUGUUACCGAUGCACCGGAAGGUGGUGCAGCUGCACUUAAUGAAACCAUGGCCCUUUUCCCAAACGAUAUGUUUGCAUUAACCCCCCGCCUAUCACCCAUUAAUGAAGCCAUUGAUUCUCUGGAAAACGAAGCGCUUGCAAUUGACGCCAAUGCAAGUCUAGUCAAUUUUCCCAUAGAUCUCCCAGAGGGUCAAACAGUUGCCGUCACUGGCAGUGAGCCUCCAUUCGACGAGGCCAUUGACUUUUCAGGGACCAAUACAAUUGGACUUGCCGCCAAUGCACCUCCAAUCUAUGAGCCUGUGGAUAUCCCAGGGUCUCGAACAGUUGCAGUCGCCGCCAGUCAAUCUCCAAUUGAUGAGGCCAUUGAUCUUCCAGGGAGCGAAAUGCGUAAACUUGCCACUGCCACACCUCCAGUCAAUGUGCCUGUGGAUUUCUUAGAAGACGAAAAAUUGUCAUUCACCGCCACUACCUCAUACAGACCGGAUGUACGCGCUGAUGAUCACCGUGUCAAGAUGGACCGGCCUUCUUCCGUCCUGACAGCCGAUCCUAGUUGCUUCGUGAUCACCGAGGAGGAAAAAACUGCUAUCGAAUGUCUGGCACCCUCAACGGCACAUGUAUGGUAUGGUCCAGACAAACCGGAAGGUGCCUUGACCACCCCCCAGACCCCUCUGAAAGACCCUGCAUCCCCUGAGCCAGCCCCAUCCCAGGCUAAAUCUCAGAGUGCACGAAGACGGAUGAAAGUUCCUUUUGCACCCGCAAGCUUACCUGAUCUGGAUAGGGAUCUGAACGAAGAGCAGAUCAGGCUUGUCUGCGCUCAGCUCCCAAGAGUGCGACAGAAAUACGGGCAGUACUUUUCGGCUGCUGGGUUGAUUCGCGCGGCCUGGAGCCAAGCCCUUCUGAAGCGAGGUCCGGACGGUGAGAUGCUUCUUCCUGAAGAUGUUCUUCGAUCGUGCAUGCCAAAGUGGAAGGAGCGCCUGGAAAGUCUGAAAUCCGAGGAAUCCCCUCGGAGCCACACUCGCAAGCGCCAUGAAAGGGAAUCUUCUACCGCAGAGGGCCCGGAUCAUAAGAGCAUUUCGGCCAAGAAGGCGAAAAGGCUUCAUAAAGACGCCGAAAAGACCUCAGACGUCGAGACUGCCCCUUCUCCAAAUAUCCUCUCACGGAAGAAACCCAUGAUCCGGAUCCGGGCAGACACCAGCCGCCUUGGGGAAUCUAACAAAGGUAAUGCAGCUGAGACCGGUGCCUGUCGGGCUGCCGAGGUCAGGGUUCGUGAUCCCGGACGUGCUUCAAAAAGCGAAGCUCGGAAGAUCUUCGACUCGGGAGCUGGACGACCAUCUGUCAAACGAAGCGCGAUGGGAGAUGCUUUAAGCGAGCAAGGCAAUCUCUUUACACAUCGUGUGAAAUUUUACAGGUCGCCACCGACUGAUUCCCAGUCAGCAGAUCAGAUUGCACCGCCUGCACCUGCUGGUCAUUCGAAGCUGUUGGAUCCAAAGUACCUAAAGAGCUUCAAUGAUUUCCUUACCCAGGAGAUCCGUCGAAUGGAUGAUACAAUUCUCCAAAUUGAGCAUGAUCCAGCUACGCGGGGCGAAGCAGAUACUCUACGGAACCAUUGGCAUGCUCUGGUCAAUCUGCGGGAUUCUUGCACCCGCAUUGAGAUGACUUCCGCGUCUCAUAAGAAAGAGUAG